AUGGUUACAACGGGCCAAGGACUCGAUGGACACGGACAUGGUCAUGUCCAUGGUCAGGGACAUGCUGCAAAGGGCGCACCACCAGGAGUUCCAACACCACCACAAUAUCAGAACGAUCUAGAAUGGAGGGAUGAUGAGUAUCCAGAUGAGAAAGAUUUGACGUUUGUUAGUGCGACUUAUGAGCCUGAGCCAGAUUUCCAGCCUAGUCUGCGUCGCAGUGAUACAAAUUAUGGCUCUCAGUCAGAAAUGCCACCAUGGUUCCAAGUUUUCUUUGCUCAAUAUGUCCGCCAACGUGAGGAGAUGAAGAACAUGAUCAUGGCAUACGGCCCACGUAGAGCACCUGCCCCACCUCAACUUCCACCGAAUACCGAUCCCGAGACAGCCAUGAUGGCUGCUGAGCCUAUUAUCGAUGAGGCAACCUACAAGAAGAUGUCUCUCAACAUCACUCUUUUGGAAGGUGGUAUCUUGUUUCACAGUGUCUUCGUCGGCAUGACUGUCUCCAUCACCACUGAUGGAUUUAUCAUCCUUCUCGUCGCCAUCUUGUUCCAUCAGUUCUUCGAGGGUCUUGGACUGGGAAGUCGUAUUGCUGCUGUGCCAUAUCCAAAGGGAACUGCUAGACCUUGGAUUUUGGUGGUGGCAUUUGGCACCACUGCCCCGAUUGGACAAGCUAUUGGAUUGCUCGCGAGAAACUCAUAUGAUCCCGAAAGUGCUUUUGCUCUGAUCAUCGUCGGAGUCUUCAAUGCAAUCUCAUCUGGUCUCCUCAUCUUUGCCGCAACCGUCGAUCUCCUCGCUGAGGACUUCCUCUCUGAUGAAGCCCAACUUCUGAUGUCCAAGAAAAUGAAGAUUUGGGCUUUUACAUUCGUCAUGAUGGGCGCGGCUUGCAUGUCCGUCGUUGGCGCCUUCGCAUAA